ACCCCCACCAUUUCUACACAGCACUCGAGCUCGGCACCUGAACUUCACCAGCCUCUCCAAGAACCAGUGCGCGGCCAGCCAUGCCCAGCGCCGCCGGCUCCACCUACAAGGGCGGCAUCAAGGCCUACUGGAAGCGCCGCGGCUACGACCGCCUCGACGCCGCCGCGGCGCAGCGCCGCCCGCGACUCCCCACUGCCGAGCUCGGCUCCGGCGGCGGCGGCGGGGCUGAAGAUGCCGCGGCGCAGCCGGGCCGGCGGCGGAGAGGGUGGCGCGUGCGCCGCCGGCCCGGCGGCCUCGGAUGCCGCCUCCUGCGCGCGCUCUCACCGCGGCGGUGGCUGGCGCGGCUCCGCGACGCCUACGUGAACGCCAUGCUCCGGCUCGCGUCCUCCGCCGCCGUCGCCGGCUACGGUGCUGCGCCCUUCUGCACCGCCGGGGAGCCGUUCUCGCGGCCGCUCGUGAGGGAGUACGACGAGAAGGCGCUCGUCGAGAUCUACCGCUCCAUCCUCGCGCGCGGGGACGCGGUGCCCGUGGUCGCGGCCGCCCGGCUGCCCACGGUAGUUUGAUUCACCGGUGGCGAUGCGCGCGCAGAAGCUUGUCACGCUCUUUUCCUCUUCUCGAUCCAUGCAAGACUCGUGUAUGCUAGAAGAAUUUCCUAUUCACACAGUACCAGUAAUUGCAGCGUUA